AAUAUUGAAUGUUGUCUUUAUUCUUCUAAGUUUUUCUAUAUUUUAUCGAGUUUUUAUUUUUUUCUGUUGGUUCGUGACGUUAGUUGGUCUUUCUUGUUCUUUUGUCUUUCAUAUGUACUUUUAAAAGUUUAAUAUUUUGAGCGUCAUUUGUGCUCUUCAUUUCUUUCAUAUUUUUAAGACUAGGUGAGUGCAUAAACAAUUUGAUAUGUGUUAGUGUAUUCACUUUUACUUGAGUAUAAAUUCUUCAUAUUUUUUCUCCCAUCAUUCUUUAAAUCCUCUUAGUUUUAAAUAAAAACUUGUUAAAUUUUCAGACAAUUAAAACGUUUAUUUUCUAUUAUCAAAACAAUUAUGGCUGUUCCUCCCGAUGUUAUCGAGAAGAUCGAGGCUGGGUACAAAAAGUUGCAGGAGGCGCCGGAGUGCAAGUCUCUUCUCAAGAAGUACUUCACUAAGGAAGUUAUGGACCAGUGUAAAGGGCUCAAAACUAAGCUUGGUGCGAACUUGCUUGAUGUGAUCCAGUCUGGAGUUGCGAAUCUUGAUAGCGGUGUUGGUGUUUAUGCGCCUGAUGCUGAGUCUUACACUCUCUUCAAACCGCUUUUUGACCCGAUUAUUCAGGACUACCACAAUGGAUUUGGACCUGACCAGAAGCAGCCGCAAACUGACUUGGGUGAAGGAAAGACUCAGCUUUUGCCUGAUCUGGAUCCUGAGGGUAAAUUCAUCAACUCGACUCGUGUUCGAUGUGGGCGUUCUCUUCAGGGAUAUCCGUUCAAUCCGUGCUUGACUAAAGAGAAUUAUACGGAAAUGCAGGACAAAGUUAAGGGUGUCUUUGAGCAGCUUAAGUCUGAUGCUGAGCUCGGUGGCACCUAUUAUCCUUUGGAGGGAAUGACCAAGGAGGUUCAAACUCAAUUGAUCAAGGAUCACUUCCUCUUCAAAGAAGGAGACCGCUUUUUGCAGGCUGCGAAUGCUUGUCGUUAUUGGCCAACCGGACGUGGUAUCUACCAUAACGACAAGAAGACUUUCCUUGUUUGGGUCAAUGAGGAGGAUCAUCUUCGCAUCAUUUCUAUGCAAAAUGGAGGCAAUGUUGGCCAAGUUCUUGAGCGUUUGAUCAAAGGAGUUAAGGCAAUUGAGACUAAGGUCCCGUUCUCUCGCGAUGAUCGUCUUGGCUGGCUUACUUUUUGCCCUUCGAACUUGGUUUGUUUUGAACAUAUUGUGUCAUUUUUAACGGUUUUUCUCUUUAAGGGAACGACCGUUCGUGCAUCUGUUCAUAUCAGAUUGCCAAAGAUUAGUGCCAAACCGGAAUUCAAGAAGAUCUGUGAUGAGAUGAAGUUGCAAAUUCGUGGGAUUCAUGGUGAGCACUCGGAUUCUGAAGGCGGCGUCUACGACAUUUCUAACAAGGCUCGCCUUGGGCUUACCGAGUUUGAAGCUGUCAAGCAGAUGUACGACGGUGUGAAGAAGUUGAUUGAGCUUGAGAAGGCUGCCUAGAUGAUGGGAAAUAAUGUGCUGCUAUAGGAGUAUAAUUAAUUAUAGGUGAUAAAAUAAGUACUUAAAAUUAUAGUAAAAAAGAUACUCUUGAAUAUAAAAUGUUAAAAUUUUUUCGUGCAUAUUAUUUGUCUUUUUUGUCGAUAUUUGCGAAUAAAUUGCAUAAUUAAAUUGUCUUUCUUUGCUUAUAAGUUUUUUAAGCUUAAAAUGUUUUAUGAGGUAACUAUCGUUUGUGUAGAAGAGUGUUUCAUCCAAAUAAAGAGAUUGGUCUCUCAAGGUUUGUUGAUUUUUUG